CAGCGGCGCUGUUUCGGGAAUCAUCUGACUUUGCGGCACGGCAGGUUCUGCCGGGUAGUGUAGUUUCCAUUGAAGAAUAACAGCCUGGAGUUAUUAAGGUUGAAAAAGGUGCAGCUGAACUGUGAUGAGCUCGAAGAGGCUUCGGACUGAGUCGGGAAAUGGUCGCGGAAGGAAAAGACAGCUGAAGAGGGAGAUUGCGGAACUCAACCCGCUGUUGCUGGAAGCGAAGGAGCGAGUGAGCGAGGCCUGGAGCAGAGGGUUAGAGUACUCGCAUGAACUGGGUCUGCAGGUCAGCACUCAGCCAUUCACACACUGUGUGAUACCAGACUUUAUACAAAGUCAGUCAUUCUUGACAGGACUUCAAAAUGACCUUCUGCAACUAAACUUUCAUGAAAAAUCCAAUGAUCUUUAUAAAUUUAAGCAGUCAGAUGACCUCAGGAGGAGGAAGGGGUACCAUAUCUCAGCACUAAGGAAAAUACUUUAUGAAGAUUUUCGGUUAUGGCUCUCAGAUAUUGCAGGUGUAAAACUGGAAAGCACAGUUGAUAUAUCUUGUGCUAAGUAUGAAUACACAGAUGUGUUGCUCUGUCAUGAUGAUGAAUUAGAAGGGCGGAGAAUUGCCUUCAUCUUGUAUCUUGUGCCUGAGUGGCAAGGAAGUGAUGGUGGCACCUUGGAUCUAUAUGAUGCCGAUGACCAUUACCAGCCUCGAGAGAUUGUCAAGUCAUUAACUCCAACAUGGAACACAUUAGUUUUCUUUGAAGUUUCUCCUGUCUCUCAUCAUCAGGUGUCCGAAGUGGUGGUAGAGGGCAAAUGCCGUCUUUCUAUCAGUGGCUGGUUCUACGGGCCAAUGUUGGAGAGGCCACCUCGUUACAUUGAAUGCCUUUCUCAAGUGCCACAUAUUGCGUGUGAUGAAGAAAUACUUUAUGAAUGGAUCAAUCCAAUUUACAUGGAUAUGUCAGCUCAAGCGAACAUCCAGGAGCAGUUUGAAGAAAAAUCUGAAAUUCUUCUAAAGAAUUUUUUCAAGAAAGAAAAAUUUCAGAUGGUAUGUGAGGCUAUAUCUAACCCAAAGAUUAAAUGGAAGAGAAGAGGACCAGCCAACAAAAGAUGCUAUGAUCAAGCAGAGGAAGAUGGCUUUCCUGACAUUCUUGCCAAAUGUAUGAAGCUCUUUUAUUCUGAGGCCAUGUUCCUGCUUCUGUCCAAUUUUACUGGCUUAAAGCUACAUUUCCUCGCAGCCUCAGAUAAUGAUGAAAAAGAUGAGCAAGAAGAUGACCUGGAGAUGUCUGAUGAAAAUGAGCAAGCAUGCUCUAGCACUGAAAAGGAUGAGAAAUCAGAUUCAACAUUACCUAAUGGCAAUGAUAGCAGAGGAGGCAGUGUACUUGAAACAACAGAAAAAACAAUGCCAACGGACAGUCCACAAAAGCCUGGUGUUCCUGUUUGCCGAGGAGAAUUAAGACGUUGGAAAAAUGGAUACUACACACUUAUCCAUGACACCAAUGUGGAAAACACAGAAUUUGCCCUCGACCUCUUGUUAAACUGCGGUUGUGAAGGCUGGGAUGAGGAAUUUGGUGGUGUCACUUCAUACAUUGCAAAAGGGGAAGAUGAAGAGUUACUUACUCUUUGUCCAGAAGACAACGCAUUGGCAUUGAUCUACCGAGAUAAAGAAACAUUGAAAUUUGUGAAACAUAUUAACCAGAAGAGCAUCAAUCAGUUUAACAAGAAUAAUGAGGGCUGUAGUUUCUGGGACAUUUCCUUUGUGUAUUAUGAGUGAUUUCACAUCUGCCUUCUCUGCCUAAAUCAUUGCAUCUGAUAUGGGAUAAAGCGCAAAAGUACUCAACACCAUGGUCUUCCUGAUAAAGCAGAUUUCUGAGGCAAUAUGUGCUGGGCCAUUCCAAGAUCAGACAUACUUGUCCCUGAUCAGUCCCUGAUCACAACUACAUUUUCGAUGGGCUGAAUGUUUGGUUUUCCAGAAGUUGAGUGAGGACUUAUUUGACCUGGGAAAAGGUACUGCAAGUCUCAUAGAAGUGAUUUAAAUCUUUUUCGAACAAAUGUGGUUUUUAUUCCUUAUUAAAAAUGUCUGAACAAAUGUGAAUUACGUUUCCCUUAAUUUAUCUUGCCUAACAUUGACUGCACUUUGCGGCUAACUAUGUUCAGUGAGUGUUCUGGGUUGAGAGACCCAUUGGUUUCAUACUUUUAAUAAAAUAAAUCUCGCAAUA